AUGCGUAUCCAUGAGCGUUUCCAUGCGCGUUUCCACAAGUACUUCCAUGAGCGUUUCCAUCCCCCCUGCAGCCGCCUGCGCCCCCCCGGCUGCCUCUGCCCGGGGCUCUCGGGGCCGGGGGUCCCCCCGGAGCCCCCCGAGCUGCUGGCGGUGACGGUGACGGCGACGGGCGCCAGCGUGCGCUGGUGCGCGCCCGCCUCGGUGGUGCGGGACUACCGGCUCACGGUGACGACGACAACCACAGGGACAACAACAAGCGGCGCGGCGGGAAGCGUGGCCACGUUCCCCGCGACGUUCCGCGCCGCCGCCGUGGGGGGGCUGCGCCCCGACACCCCCUACGUGCUCUGCGUGGUGGCCCGCAACGGCGCCGGGGACAGUCCCGCCGCGGGGGGCCCGGGGGGGGAAAAGGCCUUGGCUCUCACCGGCAACCAGGGCAUCGAGCCGGCCAUGGAUUGGCUGGUGGCCCACGAGGACGAUCCCGACCUGGACGAGCCCUUGGAGGAGCCGCCGGCACCGGAAUCCGCAGCCGCCGGAGCAGGUACCGCCGGAGCCUUGGAAGAAGACGGGAAGCAGCCGCUGUCCGAGGAGGAGAGGAAGGAGCAGACGAAGAGGAUGAUGGAGCUGAUCGCCCAGAAGCAGCGGGAGCGGGAGGAGCGGGAGAAGCGGGAGACGAUCGAGCGGGAGAAGCAGCGGCGGAAGCAGGGCCAGGAGCUGUCGCUGCUCCGGCAGCGGCUCCAGGAGGAGGAGAUGCGGAAGCUGGCGGAGCAGCGGCGCCGCGACCGCAUGGAGGAGAAGCUGGCCAGGCAGCGGGUGCGGGAGAAGAUCGAGCGGGAUAAGGCGGAACGGGCCAAAAAGUUCGGAGCGGCUGCGCAGGGCUCYGCGGAGCCGCCGCCGGCCGCGGCGCCCUCGUCCCCCAGCCAGGAGCCCCCCAGCAAGCGGGAAUACGACCAGUGCCGCAUCCAGGUGCGGCUCCUGGACGGCUCGUCGCUGACGCAGACGUUCCGGGCGCGGGAGCAGCUGGCGGCCGUGCGGCUCUACGUGGAGCUGCACCGGAGCGGCGCGCCGGAGCCCUUCCGCCUCCUCACGCCCUUCCCGCGCCGCGUCUUCACCGAGGACGACAUGGAGAAGCCGCUGCAGGAGCUGG